AUGUAUUAUUUGACAGGGCAGCCUUGUGAUUCGUCUGGAAACCCCCUCCCAGUUGGACAGUUGUCCCUGCAAACUCCUUCUGAAAAGCAACCUAACGAUUGGUCGCCAUACUCCAGUCGUCUGGAGUUCGGGUUAGCUGACUUCCUGUUCACCCACAGCCAGAUGUCUGCAGCCAAUAUUAAUGAGUUACUAGAUCUCUGGAAUGCGACACUUCUCAGUGCUGGUAGCCAGCCCGUCUUCAAAGAUAGUGCCGAAAUGUACAAGAUGAUCAAUUGCACUAUACUUGGUGAUGUACAGUGGGAGAAUUUUUGCAUAUCCUAUACCAGCGAACGACCAACUGAUAAUGUCCCAUCAUGGAUGAAUGCUGUGUAUGAUAUUUGGUUCUGGGACCCUAAAGACAUUAUUUGCGAUAUGCUUUCCUGA